AUGGGCCAAAAACAGUCAUCGGUGCAGCCAUCCUUCUUCUGCCCCACAACCGGCAUCGAGGUCGACAACCCUCUCGGCCUGUGUGUGCACUGCCAGGCCUGCCACGACAUCAUCUGGCAGUCGGUGUUUGUGUGCCCCAACACGGGCUACCGCAUCGAGAACCCGUCGAUGCGGCCCGACAAGGAGUGUCCCUCAUGCUUCCAGUUUCACCAGCCCUACAGCAAGCGCGUCUACAUCUGCCCUGUCACUGGCGCCCAAAUAAGUCACCCUCGUGAGACCGGAAAUAGGUGCCAAAAGUGCAACCGGAGCCACGAGGAUAACUCAACGCCCGUGGGGAGUAGGGAGGCCAUGAGUGCGCGAGGGUUGAGGGACUGA